GCAGUAGUAAUGUAGUAUUGUAGUUCCAUUCCCCACCACUAAAACACGCCCGUCUCGGCUGGUUCUUUCUAGUUUGUCCUUUUUCUUUUUCCCCCGUCGGCAAUGGACACGAAGCUCUUAGAGCAGGACGCGGACGCGUGCAACCCCAUCACCGCGAGCGACGUGGACAGCAGCCCACCGAAAGGGUCUGCCUCUGCAAUCCAAAGCUCCGUAGCGUUUUCUGAGGCCACCCUCGGCCGCCACCUCGCUCGACGCCUCGUCCAAAUCGGCGUCAACGAUGUCUUCUCCGUCCCCGGCGAUUUCAACCUCACCCUCCUCGACCACCUCCUAGCCGAACCCGGCCUCAACCUCGUCGGCUGCUGCAAUGAGCUUAACGCCGGGUACGCCGCCGACGGCUACGCCCGCUCCCGCGGCGUCGGCGCCUGCGCUGUCACUUUCACCGUUGGCGGCCUCAGCGUUCUCAACGCCAUCGCCGGAGCCUACAGCGAGAACCUCCCAAUCAUUUGCAUCGUUGGGGGUCCGAACUCCAACGAUUACGGGACUAACAGGAUUCUCCAUCACACCAUUGGGUUGCCUGAUUUUAGCCAGGAGCUUCGGUGCUUCCAAACAGUUACUUGCUGUCAGGCCGUUGUGAAUAAUUUGGAGGAUGCGCAUGAGAUGGUCGAUACAGCGAUUUCCACGGCUCUUAAAGAGAGUAAGCCUGUUUAUAUCAGCAUCAGCUGUAAUCUACCGGGAAUUCCUCACCCCACUUUCACUCGCGAGCCCGUUCCCUUUGCAAGUUCCCCAAGAUUGAGUAAUCAAAUGGGUCUAGCGGCGGCAGUGGAGGCAACAGCAGAGUUCUUGAAAAAGGUAGUGAAACCAGUUCUGGUGGGCGGGCCUAAAUUGCGGGUGGCGAAGGCGACUGAUGCCUUCGUUGAACUGGCCGAUGCUUGUGGCUACGCCCUCGCUAUGAUGCCGUCGGCGAAAGGGUUUGUGCCGGAAAAUCACCCCCACUUCAUCGGGACUUACUGGGGUGCCAUUAGCACCGCCUUCUGCGCUGAGAUCGUGGAAUCCGCCGACGCUUACCUCUUCGCCGGACCCAUUUUCAACGACUACAGCUCUGUUGGGUACUCUCUCCUCGUCAAGAAGGAGAAGGCGAUCAUUGUCCAGCCCGACCGGGUCGUGAUUGGAAAUGGGCCAGCUUUCGGGUGCGUUCUGAUGAAGGAUUUCCUGAAAGCUCUGGCGAAGCGGCUGAAGCGCAACCCCACUGCUUUUGAGAACUACCACCGGAUUUUUGUUCCUGACGGACAGCCUCUCCACGGCAACCCAAAGGAGCCAUUGAGGGUUAAUAUUCUGUUCAAGCACAUUCAAAAUCUCCUCUCAAGCCACACGGCUGUGAUUUCCGAAACAGGGGAUUCUUGGUUCAAUUGCCAGAAGCUGAAAUUGCCAGAGGGAUGCGGUUAUGAAUUCCAGAUGCAGUAUGGAUCCAUUGGUUGGUCGGUUGGUGCUACUCUUGGGUAUGCCCAGGCUGCACAAGAUAAGCGAGUGAUCGCUUGCAUCGGUGAUGGGAGCUUCCAGGUUACUGCCCAAGAUGUUUCCACAAUGCUGCGACACGGGCAGAAGAGCAUCAUAUUUCUGAUAAACAACGGGGGAUACACCAUAGAAGUUGAAAUCCAUGAUGGACCUUAUAAUGCGAUCAAGAACUGGAACUACACUGCGCUGGUUGAUGCAAUCCACAAUGGUGAAGGCAAAUGCUGGACUGCCAAGGUUCGUUGUGAGGAGGAUCUAAUUAAGGCAAUCGAGACAGCUACUGGUCCGAAGAAGGACAGCCUCUGCUUCAUUGAGGUGAUUGUGCACAAGGAUGACACCAGCAAAGAGCUGCUGGAAUGGGGCUCCAGAGUCUCUGCUGCCAACAGCCGCCCGCCCAACCCUCAGUAAUAUAUACUGGCCUCCAUGAAAUGGGUGGUCUCUCUCUUUCCGUUGAACAAUGAGAUUUUUAUGUUAAUUAAUUGGAGAAUAUAGCGUUCACUGUUUGGUUUUGUUUUGUUGAAACAUUUGGGGUUAUUCCUGUGAAGUAAUGAUGUUGUCCGUACAAUUGCACUUUAAUCCGAAAUAUAAACACGUAACACACUUUUAUUA